UCCCAAAAUAAAUGUAAACAAGAGAUAAAGAAAACAAGAGACCGUCAGGCUUCAGCUUCGUUCCUCGGCCCGUAUCAGGCACCGCCGGUCCACCACCACCACCACCGCCACCGCCACCUACCCACCCAAUGUACCCGAAGCUCCUCAGCGGGCACCCAAAAUUGCUUCUUGUAUUUCCAUCUCUAUCUUCACUCCACUCCCUUAGAAAUUAUCCAGAAAUCUUGAGCCAGAGAUUACAAUACCGUCACUCGACAAAAUUCAAACCUCAAAUUAAGUGUAUAACAAACAGCAGUAAUGGAGUUGGAGGUACUAAUAACUGGGAAAAAUGGAUGCCCAGAAAUCUUUUUGCUGCUGAGAAAGUAUUUGGAGCGAUAUCUGGGGCAACAUCCAGUCCCAUUGCUCAGUACAUAUCUUCUCCCACCACUUUCUUGCACUGUGUCGACCCCAGAAUCAAGAUGGCAUGGCUGCUUGCUUUGGUAAUUUUACCAGCAAAAUCGAACAUGGCGAUGCGUCUGGGAGUAGUAAUCUGUCUAGCCUUAUUGUCUAUAUGGAUUCAGCCGACUGAGGUGUGGAAGGAUCAAUUGGGAAGAGUGACUUUGCUAUGUGGUAUCUUGUUUGUUUUGUUGGGGUUGAGUACUGAUAGUGCGCCUUCCCUUUUAUGUUCAAGAAGCCCGCCAUCUUCAGUGACUGGACUACCAACCCUUCCUGCAUCUCUUGAAGGUUAUAAGUACGUAAUAAUGAAGUUAGGGCCGUUACAACUCACCAGAAAAGGCUUAUCGGCUGCCAGUACAGCAGCAUGUUUAACUUUUACAAUCUUCCAAAGUGCUAGCCUUUGCCUAACAACCACAACCUCAGAGCAGCUCGCGUUUGCUUUGCAAUGGUAUAUUCUCCCUUUGGCAAAUCUUGGUGUUCCAGUGGCAGAAAUCAUCCUAACUCUCCUCCUGUCAUUAAGAUUUAUCAAUCUGGUGUUUGACGAGGUUCGUAAUGUAGCCCUGGGAAUUGUAUCACGUAGGAUACAAUGGCAGCAGUUGACGACCCUAGAGACCAUUGAUGUUUUCUUCACAUAUAUUCGUCGGAUCUUCAAAAAUAUAUAUAGCCAUGCAGCACAAAUAAGCCAGGCGAUGAUUGUUAGAGGUUUUCGAGGCGACUGUCGUUCGCACCAGGUUUUGUUAUCGGCAGGCUCAUCAAGGAAGAUAGCAAAUAUUGUUUCUUUCUCUUGCCUUGUUGGCCUCAUAUGUGCUACCACUUUUUCCAGAUACCUCUACCUUUGAUCACUUUCCUGCCUAUUCUUGCCCAGAAAAACCUGUCUUAAAUUGUUCUGAUCUAUUAAGGUGCCAUUUACUCUGUUGUAUGAUUGAAUUAUUUCAGAGUAAUUUAAUAAAAUUUAUCAAGUCCUCACUUC